AUGAUUAAUGCUACAAUAAUUUUGUGGGUUACUGAGGCCUCAUCAUCAAUCAUCAUUUCUAUCGCUGCGUCACUAAAUAGUUAUAGGAGGAUUGGGGAAUUUUUAGAAUAUAUGAGAGCUUUUGAUAAGGCUAGUGCUAAAAUUAAGAUACCUCGUGAUAACGGAAGGAUAUACAAAAUUAUUAUCAUCUUCGUCACACUUACAAGAUUUUUAUUGGAUGCAAGCUACGCCUAUAAUCUGGUAGUUCAGUUUGGGAUUCAAGAACUUCCUUUCAUAUUCAUGAGUGUAACUAUUAAAUAUUUUUCCAUAUGUGUAUUGCAAAUGCUUAUUUACAUCAGUUACAUUGAGGUAUCAUUAAGAAUCGAAUACAUAAAAGAUGAAUUACAAGAUCUUGUCGAUAAUCGUCUUGUGUGCGAUGAUUCUACGCAUUCGUUUUACACACAUUCAGUGGAUGAAAAAGUAAAAAACCUACAUGAUCUGUUGGACAGUAUCAAAACAAUAUAUUUGAAACUGAAUAAGCAUUUUGAAACCAUAUUCUUCUUCAUUUUACUAAACAUUUUAAUUAGAAUAAUUUUAUAUUUUUAUGGCAUAGCAAGUAUUAUUCAAAAUGGUUUUGAAGAAAAUAUUCGCUACUGGAACCAUCCCAGUACAUGGGGUGCGCCCGUGUGGUACAUGGGGUUAUAUGGGAUACACAACUUUAUAACCAUGUUUGUAAUCAUUCACCCAUUUAGAGUUAUCACCUGUAAGCUUGCCGACAUAAAAUUGCUGAUGGGUCGUAUAAUGACAAUGAACAACUACGCGUUCCGCGUUUUCCUUAACGUUAAUACGUUUUACGAGGAAUUGAUAUCGUACAAUUUUUCCUACACACCUCUUGGUAUCAUAACCAUAGAAAGAUCGAUACUUAUUAAGGUUUUAGCUAUAGGAAUAACGUGCACAGCAGCAAUCUUGCAGUUUAAGAAGUAG